UCGCUUCCUCGUUGUGCAAACAGCCCCGCAAAUGGUUCCUUGUUUCUUGCACUGGCUUUCCCUUUCUCACAUUGCAGUUGCAUCGCUAUCUGUUCUGCUUUCUUUUCUGUUCUUUGGUAGUUAGAGGGAAACACUUAAUUAUUGCGUGGUGCAGCAGUUGGAAAAGUUGGACGUCCUUCUAGGUUGAAAUCAAAGACAGCUAGAGUUGGACAGGUCUUGUUGCUUCUGUCACAAUAUUAGACAUACCCCAGAGAUUGAAGACACAGGUCCAGAUGGAGGAGAAUGACACAGAUCCAACGGAACAGGUGCCCUGCACCAACGAUUCUGGCCCAGAGGACCACACCCAGGACCAUGCAACCCUGAACUACGUGGGGAUUGAAGCAGUGCUAGACCAGAUGAGACGCAAGGCGAUGAAGACUGGCUUCGAGUUCAACAUUAUGGUUGUAGGUCAGAGUGGUCUUGGAAAGUCAACCCUUAUGAACACAUUGUUCAAAUCCAAAGUCAGUCGAAAGUCCUGCACCCCAAAUUAUGAGGAAAAAAUCCAGAAGACGGUCCAUUUGCAGUCUGUCAGCCAUGUGAUUGAAGAGAAAGGGGUGAAGAUGAAGCUGACUGUGAUUGACACCCCAGGUUUUGGAGAUCAGAUUGACAAUGACAACUGCUGGGAGCCUAUAGUGAAGUACAUCAAUGAGCAGUAUGAGAAGUUCCUGAGGGAAGAGCUUAGCAUCAACAGGAAGAGGAGAAUCCCAGACACCCGGGUCCACUGCUGCGUUUACUUCCUGCCGCCCACUGGCCACUGUUUACGACCCAUAGAUAUUGAGUUCUUGAAGAGGCUCGGGGAAAUUGUCAGCAUUGUCCCUGUCAUCGCCAAGGCCGACACAUUAACCAUCGAGGAACGACAGGAGUUCAGGAAGAAGAUUCAGCAUGACCUACAAGCCAAUGAAAUCAGAGUAUAUCCACAGAGAGAGUAUGAUGAAGAUGCAGAGGACAGGAUACUGAACGAUAAAAUUAGGGAAAAAAUCCCCUUUGCAGUAGUGGGAACAGACAGAGAGCAUCAGGUGAAUGGAAAUAAAGUCCUGGGCAGGAAAACUAAAUGGGGCAUCAUAGAAGUUGAAAACGUUGCGCACUGUGAGUUCACCAACUUCAGAGAUCUACUGAUCAGAUCCCACCUGCAAGACUUAAAGGAUGUUACUCACAACAUCCAUUACGAGACCUACAGAGUCAGGAGGCUUAACGACAGCAAUGUGAACGGUCUGGGACUUUCGUCUUUGAGCAUCACCACAGGAGAAAAUGUCCUCUGACGGAGGAGUCAACGAAUGAGCGGCAGCGCUGCAUCUCUCGCACUUCAUGGCCUCAGCUGUAGUGCUCUCAAGUUACAAAGAAAUAAAUAAGAUUUGUGGGGUUUUUUUGAGGGGGGGGGGCGAUUAGUGCUGUGAUAUGUAUUUCUGUCUCCGGUUAAUCUGCAUGUUCUGUAGCCUUGGAAACGGAGCAGUGCCUAUGUUUACAAGAAGCACAGUGAAAUGUCAGCGAGAAAAGCCACACGUCCAAAUAAUCAGUGCCAAACCAAACCAGCGGCCUCGUCCUAUGGCGCCGUCCGCAGAGGGUCACUCAGCAUGGGACUUUGGAUCAUUAACGGUGUGUGACGUGUGACAAGGACAUAGGUUUUCAAAGGCAUUCAGAUUCUGGCAGCUUUUUGACUACGUAUAAAACAAGCAGUGCCAGUCAGCUCUUAAAUCUGGAAUCAUGCUAUUAUAGCGCAUUGCAUUCUGGUAUCUUUAUUUCUGUACUUCUUAAUAUCCCUUGCAAAAAUUCCGAUCGUUCUCUGUAGCUAGCCACUUUUAUAUGGUGUGUGUUUAGUAGUGCCAAAAUCUUCGUAAGCUGUGAUCUUGUGUUUUAAUUUUUUAUGCUUAUUCAAAAUUAAAAAGGAGUCUACAGGGAAAAGUAAACUAUAGGAUGGAAACUGUUUAUUGAGAUUAGUCAUAUGCAUUAAAUGCUGGUCGACUCUGUUAUGCAAAAUAAUAAGGUCCCUUGAAGUUAUAGAACUUUUUAUUACUUUGUAAGAGGUUGACUAUAUCUUUUUCUAGAAAAUGCUCACUAGUGAUGUUUUGCAAAGAUAUUCAAAUGCUAAUAAUAACUGUUAAUAUUUUUAUCCAAAAUAUGACUACUUUUAAAUCUCUUUUGUACAGACAAUUUUUAUUUGCCUACUUGUCUCUUGUUUUUAAUUGUAUUAACAUCUCAAAUGUGAUAUAUGCCUUAAUGUUACAUAACAAUAUGCAUAUAAAACAAAGAAUGCUUGAUUAAAA